CACGCGCCGAUUACCCAGCGGAGUCGUUGCGACGUUUCCUCUGUUGCGGUGAUCUAAGCUUCGAGUUGCGAUUGUGGGUUUGGGUGUGGCCAUGGCGAACGCCACUGCAAGCAUGGCAGGUCUCUCCCAGGGACUCAAGCUGGAGAGCAGCUUGGUUGGAAGCAAUGUUGUGAGCAGCAGCAGCAGCAGCGCCGCUGUGGUGGUGAAGUGUGGACCCGUGCAGGUGCGCGCCCACAGCGAGGAGGCCCAGAACAGGAGGGCGUUCUUGAGCUUGGCCGCUGCGUCAUUGGCUGCCACUGCCCUCGCCGGGAAUGCCCGCGCCUUGGAGGAUAUCAAGUUGGCUCCUCCUCCCCCUCCCUUCGGUGGCCUGCCCGGAACUGAAAGUGCUGACCAAGCCCGUGAGCUUGAUCUGCCACUGAAGGAGAGGUUUUACUUGCAACCCAAGACUCCUCAAGAAGCUGCUGACCGAAUUAAGGAAGCUAUUAAGGCUGUUAAGGAUGUGAAGCCCUUGAUCCAGAAGAAGGCAUGGCCAUAUAUCCAGAAUGGACUGCGCUCCUCUGCAUCCUAUCUGAGAUAUGAUCUCAGCACCAUUGAAGUGUCGAAGCCUAAGGCAGAGAAGAAGGCUUUCAAGGCUCUCAAGGACAAGGCUCUCGACUCUCUGAACAAUUUGGACUACGCAGCGAGGAUCAAGAGCCCCCCUAAGGCCGACAAGGCAUACGCUGAGACCGUGGCGUUGCUCGACCAAGUGCUCUCCCAGAUAUAGAUCUAAUGAUGUAUUUUCAGUGUAGCAGUAGAAUCAUCAAUCUCAUGCGAUCAAGCUUGUUCCUUUAUAAUCCGUUUUUCUAUCUGCAAGUCCGCUUGCACGAGGAAGGUGUAUUGUGCUAAUCGGUGUAACUAUUCGUAAUUUGUCGACCAGAUCUUCAUAUCCACAGUCCACUCCUCGAAAAUGUGCUUCGAGACCAUAAUUUCUCACCCAUUUAGAUACCCCAAUUGGAUUUGCUAUACUUGUGAA